AUGGAUCUAAUAUUAGUUCAUGGUGCUACUAAACAUCUAGUUCAUGUUGAAGAUGAUUCAACUGUUGAUGAAUUGAUGACACUCGUUACAGAAAAAACACAGAUUCCCAAUUUCAACCAAAAACUUAUAUAUAAAGGAGUUGCCAUUUCAAAAGACAACGUUAAAUUAUUAAAAGAAUUUAAAAUAAAAAAUAAUUCGAAAAUUAUGGUUAUUGGUCAGAGGCAUGAUCCUGAAGAAGAAAGUAUUUUAAAAAAAUUGGCAGAGACAGAGAAAACCGUUGAAAAAAUGAAUUCAAGUAUUGCGAAAUUGAAUUCUGAUAUUGACAGUGUUAAAAAAGGAUUUAUGGAGAAGUCAUUACUUUCAAAAUCAAUUGAACGUCUUCAAAAAAUUCUUUUGAAAUAUACGGAAGAUGGAAUGCAAGCUAUGGAAUUUUUGGAUGGAAUGAAAAUUGACGAAAAGUUCAAAGAUGCUCGUUUAAAAAAGAAAAGUUUGAUAAACAAAAUUCAAACAAUAUUAGAUAAAUGUGAUAUUAUAUCUGAUAAUUUAUCAACAGCCAACAGUUGA